CCCACACAACCAAUCCAAUUGAAUGGCGUCAGCUGUUAGAAGAUAGUCAAGAUGAAAAUCAGAAGUUGCGCAAGCACAUAGAAACUCUUAAUACUGAACAGCUUCAGAGAGUAAAAGAUUUUGAAUCAAUGUUAAGCGAAGAAACAAACCAAAUCCUGGCAUUGAAACAAAAGUAUAUCGAUUUGGAAAAUAAAUGCUUAAAAUUAGAGGAAUCUUCAAGUUUAGUAGCUAUUGAACUCAACAUGUUCAAGAAGGAAGUUUUUGAAGUGAUCAGAGAGGACCAUGAAUUUGUUUAUCAUGAGGCGCUUGAAUCAGCCAGCAGUCCUGUUGCAAUUUUAUCAAUGCUUCAAAAAGAAUUUUCUCAACUUCGCCUGUCCUUUGAAGAAAUUACAGCAAAAUUGAAGGAGAAAGAGUCUUGUAUGUCAUCUCUUAACGAAGCUAAUGAUGCAAGAUUGCAGAAAAUGAAAGACUUGGAAGACAUGGUACGGUCAUUAGAAAAAAUAAAGGCAACUCAUCAACAGAGUCUGGAAGAAAAGGAAACUCAUAUUAGAAAUAUCAGCUCACAGCUAGCAACUAUACAAAAUGAUGAUAUUCUUGAACAGACACAAGUUGCUCAAGGUUUAGAGAAACAGAUUGCGCGGUUGAAAGAUAAUUUAUCUCGACAAGGAAACGAGAUGCAGAAUAUACAGAUGCUUUAUGAUAGCCAAAGCGAGCAAAUAGAAGAAACUGUAAAAGCACUAGAUGAAGCCAAUAACGUUAGGAGCUCGAAGAUGGAGGAACAAGAUUUGGCAAUUACACAUUUACGAAAACGUUUGCAAGAGGAGGAAGAGAAGUGCAAACAUUUUUCAUCAUCUUUCGAGGAAAACCAGCAGUCUGUAAUUGGUUUACAACAAACAAUACAAAGUUUGAAUGAAGCCAACCAAGCAUACCAGUACUACUAUCAGGAGAAAGAAAAUGAACUUCAUAUUGUUAGUCAAAGACUCGCCGAGCUGCAGGCCGAUUGCAAACAGCAAGAGGAUAAGGUAUCUGCUCUAGAAGAACGAUGUAACGUUAUUUUAAUGGAGAAAAAUAACUGUGAAAAAGUUUUGAAGGAAGUGAAUGACUCUUAUCAGGAAAAAGCGAGACAAAGGGAAAUGACUAUUACAGACAUGAGACAGCAAAUUGAAGAGAAAAAACAAAAAAUUUACAUUCUAGAAGGUGAAAAAUCUCGUUUGAAUGAACAAUUGGGCACUGCAUUGGAAGUGAAUACCAAACAAGAAAUUGAAAAAGUAGAGUUGCGAAAUACAAUACGAUUUUCAGAAGAGAAAAUUCAAGAACAGAAUACUCGUAUAAUUAACCUUGAGAUUUCUGUGGAAAAGCAGACUGCUUUAAUGCACAAGAAAGGAAAUAUAGCGGAGGCUUUGCAAAAUGAUUUAGAAAAGGAAAUUGUCACUUUAAAGGAGAGCUUGAAAACAAUACACGAAGAACUUUCGAUUACAAAAGAGGAAUUGGAGGAAAAUUGUAAUACUAAGAAUCAGCUGCAAAUUGAGCAGGAUAAGCUAAUCAAUUUGAAAGAAGAAGUAAAUCGUUUGUAUGAAGAAAACCAACACCUUCAUAGUGUUGUAGGGGAAAAAGAGCAACAAUUGUGGUAUCUGCAAAAUACAUGUUCUGUGAUGAAAAGAGAGGCUGGAGCUUUGAAUAAACACGCCGAAGAAACAUUUGAAAUUUCUAAUGUUGUAGUUGAGCCUAUCAUUAAAAUAUCCUCAGAAAAGCUGCUGGGUGCUGUGCCUUCUUCCAAAUCAACGGAACUAAUGAAAACAUCCGACACAACUCAAGAUGCAAAUGAAACGACAGAGCAACUCGGGGAGAAAAUAAUUCAACUGGAGCUCUGUAAGCAACAGCUUACGGACCAAUGCUCUCAACUGGAGCUUAAUCUGGAGCAUGCAAGGAAAAGCCAAAGUGAAAAUGAUAGUCACAAACAAAUGGUAAUGGACAGAUUGACAGAGGCUCAACAAAGCGUAGAAGUAUUGUCGGCUGAGAACUCCCAACUUCAGAGGUCUUUGUGUGAAAGAAUGGAGGAACUAAGUCUGUUGAAGUCCAAACUAAAGAACACAGAAGAAUCCGUAGAAAAGUUCAGUGGAAUAGUACAGGCAAUGUCAGCAGAACAAGAACAGUCAACUGGAAAUUUCAGAGAGGAAAUUGAAACAUCAAGAACAACCAUAGUGAACCUGCAAGAACAGAUCCAUGCACUGGAACUAUCAGAGAAAGAUAUAAAGGCCGAAUGUGAACAAUAUCGACUGCAGGUUUGUGAUCUUCAACAACAGUGUUCAGAAUCAAAUAAAGUACUUGAAAGUGAACGGGAAAAAUUUCAGGAAAGUGAAAUCUAUUUGUCACUACAAUGUAAGACACUCUCCGAUGAAGUAGACCAAGAAAAAAAGAAAAAUCAAUCACUUGAAAGUAGAAUUCAAUCUGUGAUCGACGAACUUCAUCAAGAAAAACAGAGGACAGCUGAUCUUGGAAAAGAGAUGGAACAAUUGCAGAAAUUAAAAUUGACUUCUGAUGAACUGGCCAGUUCGAUGGAGGAGAAAGAAAAUAUACUAUCAAGCUUGAUUGACAAUAAGAAUUCCGAUGAGGAAAUGAUGCUAAAGAAACUUAAAGAAAAAGAUGAGAAAAUCGCAUCACUUUUAGAAAACAUGCAAGAAAUGGAGGAACGUCUCAAUCAACUUGACCAGGCAGAUAAAAUGAAAGAAUCAUUGAAGGAGACGUGUGCCAAACAAGAACAGGAAUAUCAAGAGCUGAAAAAGCAGUAUGAAGACAAGGAUUUACAUUUCCGUAAGGCAUUAGCAACAGCCAAAAAAUUAAAAUUUCAACUCCAACAAUCUACUAGCAAAAAGGAAGACAUGGAAACCGAAAUUAAGUCUCUAAGGGCUGAACUGGAGAAGAAAGGACAUUUCGAAAAUGAAUCUAAUGACAUCAAAACGGAUGCUGGUACUGAAGAGAAAGAAAGUCUUUUAGUAACCGAGCUUAAGCAGAAAAUUAUGGCGGAUGAAUCAUCAAUUCAUAUAUUAGAGGAGAAACUAACAGCUGUAGAUGAUUUAAAUCAGAAACUGGCUGAAUGUGAGGACUUGUUAAUGACAAGGGAGAAAGAUCUUGUUGUGAUUCAGGAAGAACUUGAAAAUCGAGUAAGCGAGUUGAGUUCACUGAGCUUGAAAUUAACCAAUAGUGAUAAAACUAUUCAGGAUUUAGAAACUGCAAAUAGAAAACUAAAUGACAAGCUACACAUGGAAACAGAGAGGCUGACUGAGAACAUUAUUAAAGCCGAAUCUCAGAAAUCAGAGAUGCAUUCUCAGAUGGUUACACUAGAGGAAGAAAAGACGCAAAUACAAGGCUUGCUUCAAGACAAAUCUGAAGAAUGUGUGAAUUUACAAGCACAAGCCGACCAGACAGCAAAGGAUAUCGCAACAAAAGAUAAAAUGAUUAAUGAUGUGGAGAGUCAGUUGGAACAGCUGGUGCAAAGUAACGAAAAAUACAGCAUGGUUACUGAAUUGUCUCAAAAACUAAAAAACCUGGACAUGCAACUUGUAGAGAAGGAUAAAAAAAUUGAAGAAUUUGAUCGCAAAAGUAAUGAACUUGACUGUUUAUUGCAAUCGUUACAGCAGGAGGUUCGCUCUAAAAGUGAAAUGGUGAACAGUCUUCACGAUAGUCUCCGUUCAGCUGAGCUUGAGAAAGGACAACUAGAGGAAUCCAUUCAGUCAAUUAGCAAAGAGUUAGAGACGCAGAAUGAGAGAAUUAUGUCCCUUACAAAUUUGGUUUCUGAAAAAGAGGACCAACUAUCUUCAAUAAUACACAAUGUGAAAGGAUGUUAUCGUGAAGUGACAGGAGAUGAAUGCAAUGUGCAAAACAUUGAAGGCAUUCUGAUUGCUUUACAGAAUUUUGUAAGCAGUCAGUUAACUUCAUUGCGACUACAGGUCAAUAAUGCAGAAGCCUUACAACAGGGAACACAAAGAAAGGAAUUAGAACAACAAAUCAGUGAAAUGGAGAAGCUGAUUGAAGACGAACGAGAAAGACUACACACUGUACAGGAAAAAUAUAGCCAAGUCAAUGAUGAAAAAUUGAUCAUCUCCCAGCAGCUGAAAGAAAUUGAAGACAGCAAUCAUGAUCUACUCGCUCAGGUUGCACAUCUAAAGUCUACCAUUGAAGAAAUGACAGAGCGCGAGAGUGUAAGGGAUUCCACCUGUUCGGAUCUAAAGUUAGCAGUAGAAAAUCUCACGAAAGAAAACGAUGCAUUGAAAAGUGGCUGUGAUAUAUCAAAUGCUAAAUGCAGCAAAAUGGAAGAUGACUUGGUUGAAUACAAGCAAAAAUACAGCAGUCUGGUAAAUGAAAAUGAAACAUAUAAGUCUGAAAGCGAGGUUCUAAAGGCUGAAAUUGAACGUCUCUCAGCUGCUUCACAAGAAACUUUUACCGCAUCUUCAGCUCACAAACUUUCCACUGAAUUUCCAGAAAAAACUGAACUAAAGGAGGAAGAACAUUUAAGACAGUCCUCAGCAAAUGAUAGACGUGACGAAACCGAGCUGCAAACCACUAAGGAAAAACUUAAAUCAGUGGAAGAUGCUUAUGAGCAAAUACAUAGCAAGUUAAAGUCAUCAGAAGGAAAAUGUGAGAAGAUGUUGGUGAAGUUGAAAGCCUUCAAAACAAAGUGUGAUAAGCUUCAAGAGGAGGUCAGUGUUUUGAAGGACAGUUCUGCACAAGUUACCAAAGAAGACAAUGCUGCUGAUAACACUUUAAAAGAAGAACUUGCACUCCGAAUUCAAGAACUGGAGGAAACACGCAGGAAAGAAGUUGAGACUAGCCAGUGGUAUAUCUCUGAAAUUGAGAAACUGAAAGAGAAUGAGGGCAUGUUGGAGACCACUAUAGGAAAACAAUCUGAGAGUGAAAAACGGUUAAUUGGUGAGAUAGAUCUGUUGAAAAAUGACUUACAACAAAAUGAUGAGAUGUUCCAAAAGAAGGAAAGUGAACUUAAAACACUGAUGGAAAUGAACUCAGAACUGCAGACUCAGAUAACAUCUUUAUUGAGCAAAGAGGAAAUCAAUGAUUCUAGAAAAAGGGAACUUCAGGAUAAGAUUUCUGAAUAUGAAAAUGAAAUGCUUACAAUGAGUGAUUUAAAAUGUUCUUUAAUAAGUGCAGAGCGAAAACAAAUAGAACUAGAGAGAAAGUUAGAAGACAGUGUAAUGCUCUGUGACUCAUUGGAGGUUGAAAAUAAAAGUUUUAAGGAUAUUGUGGCUAGGAUGAGAGAGACAAAUUCCAAACUGGAACAAGAGACGAGAACUGCGCAUGAAAGUGAGACAAAAAUCCAAAAUCUAUUAGAAAGAGUAAAGGAGUUUGAAAACGAACGUGAACAGAUGCAGGAAGAAAUUGAUGGAUUUAAAGAAGAUGUUUCAGAAAUGAAGAAAGAAAAGAAUGCCUUAAAAGAUGAAUAUGAGUCGCUUGAUCUGAAGUUAAAGGAAGUUUUAAAUGAAAACAAAGGACUUAAAGAAAAAAUCGGGGCAAUGGAAUGGAGGUUAGAAGAAGUCGAAUCUUUGGAAGAAGAGCUAGAAGAAGUGAGAUCUAAACUUGACAGGAAGAACUCGGACUUAAACCUGACAACAAAGGAAAAAGAGAAGAUUCAGGCAGAACUAGAACAAAGCAGACAAAACCAAAAUAAUCCCUCACAACAUACGCUGAAUGAAGAUAUCAUCUCUCUAAAAGAAGAGCUGGAUAAGAAAAUGGAAAUUAAUAAAGACCUAGAGGACCAAGUGGAUUCCUUCCGAGAGGAAUUAAAUGAGACUGCGACCGAAAUAGACAACUUGAGAGGAGAACUCAGUACAACUGCCAUUAAAGCUUCCAUGUUUGACAGCUUGCAAAAGGAAUAUACUGCUUUAGCGAUGAAGUAUGAAUACCUUCAAAAUCUGAAAUCUUCAAAUGAUACUGAUACAGAGAAAUCCCUUAAGAGAGUAGAAGACCAGACUAGAUUGUUAAGAGAAGAACUCCACCAAUCAGCAACAGAGAAUGAACGAUUGAAGAAGGAAUUGAAUUUAAUCAGGGAGAAAUAUAACCAGGUCGAAAUAAUUCAAAAGGAAAAUGAUAAACUAAAGACAGAACUAGAAGUCUUGAAACGAGAUGAAAGCAAAUCUACGGAUACAAUUUCUGGUGCGGGUACAGAAACAUCAAAUAGGAUGCAAGAACUUGAAGAGGAGUUGGAGCUUAUCAAAGAAGAACUGAAUGAGACAAUGUCCGAAAAUGAGAAGCUGAGAAGUGAAAAUGGGUCAGAUUACAAAGCAAUUUUGUUUGACAAACUUCAGCAUGAAUAUCAAAAUUUAAGAGCAGAAGUAGAGUCGAUGAGGAAAAGUGGCCCAUCCAAUGUCAGUAUGGCAGAUGAUGACGCAAUAAAAGUCCUGAGAAAUCAACUCGAAGCAAGUCAAACGAAAAAUGAUCAUUUAAAAUCUCAACUAUCAACAAUGCGCAUCGAAUCUUUUGGGAGGAAGGAAGAUGUUAUGCAUUCUAGAUCAGCUCCAAGCAAUAUAGAGAAGGAGCUGGAAGAAAAGCAAGAACAGUAUGAAUCUCUGAUGGAAGACUUUAAUUUACUCACAACUGAAAAUGAGGAAAUGAAGGGAGAAAUGGGACAUCUGAAAGUUCAGAGUCAGAUGUUUAAUGAAGUGAAGAAAGAGUACGAAUCUCUAAGCGACCAGUAUCAUAAGUUGUUGACAGAGAACAGUGAGAUGGUUAAGAAAAUUGAAGACUUACACCGGGAUUUACAAAACAACACUAACCAUGAAUCAUCAUACAUUAAGGAAGAGAGAGAGCAUGCAAUAAGAGAAAAGGAGACACUGCUGAGUAAUAUACAACAGCUAGAGAAGAAGUGUGAAGAUCUUGCUCAGAAUAAUUCUAACAUUAGUCACGAACUGCUGGCAGCCGAGGGACAGAUAUAACAACUUAAAUUUGAUAAUGGGACUUUGAGGGCUCAGUUAGGCAUUUCACAUGGUGGACAGAUGCAGAUGGACAACUUUCAUGCAGACUAUCAACGACUUCAAGGACAGUUUUCAACAGCCAUGGAUCAGAAAAACAAAAUACAAAUCGAACUCAACCAAAUGGCUCAUCGACUUCAGCAAAGAGAUGCAAGGUGCCAACAAAUGGCUAUGCAGGUAAGCCAGCUGGCUGAAGACAGAAGUUACCUUAAUGUUCAGCUUGGGAACCUAUCGAAA